UCGAUUAUAUAGCAAACCUAGCGCCAGAAACUGAACAAGUCACUGUAAUUUCUGAUGGAUGUGGCCAUCAAAAUCGAAACCGAAUUUUAUCCAGUGCUUUAAGUGAUUUCUCGCAAAGAAUGAAUCUUAGUGUUGAACAGUUGUACCUACUUGGAAAAAGGCCAUACCAUGAUGGAAGUUUAUAGUGUCCAUUCAACAAUUGAACAGUACAUUAAACCCCCUAUUUAUGCACCGAGUGACUAUGUAGUUCGAAUGCAGCAAGCUCGACCAAGAAAUCCUUACGACGUAAAAUCAAUCCACUACGACUUCUUUCUUAAUUAUGAAGAACUAGAAUCCAACUUCAAGUCUAUUAGAUAGACCAGGUAAGAAAAAAGGUGAUCCAGUUGUGGUCGAUAUACGAGGAAUGAAAUAUUUGUCAGAUGGGUCUGUUUAAUAUAAAUUGCGACAUCCCGACGAAUGGACUAUCUUACCACAACGAAGAGCUAGUCGUGGAACUUUACUACCAAAGCAACUGAUUGCAUCUGACUGUUUGACUGUCUGAUGACAACUUAGUAAAAAUUGUUCAAGAAACUAACUUGUAUGCCAUUAAGAAGCCUAAUUCCACUUUUACAACCAAUGUCACAGAGGUCCGAAAUUAUAUUGGUAUAUUAUAUGUCUGUUAUUAAUCUCCGAAGCAAAAAGAGGGGUGUUAUAAGUUUGACGUGUCUGUCUGUCUGUCUGUCUGUGGCAUCGUAACUCCCGAACGGAUGCAGUGAUUUCAAUUUAGUUUUUUUCGUAUGAAAGGAGACUUAUGUGCGAGUGUUCUUAGACAUGUUUGAUGAAAAUCAGUUGAGCCGUUUUAAAGUUAUGGGCGGUGAAAGUAAAGUAAGCGGGAGAUUAACCGAAGGUCUGCAAAUAUACUGGGAUGGGGUCUCAAAUGAAACCGCACUGAAAAAAAAAUUGAAGGAUAUCAUUUUUCGUAUUAACAAAAAUAAACAAUUAAAUUACAAAUUUUAAAUAAUAAUUUUUUUUAUAAAAAAUUUAAAAAAAAAAUAAAAAUAAAAUUAAAUAUUUUAUAAAAUACUAAAAUAUAAAACCUGCACCAAUGAAAUCUUUAGCCUACUUAUAGAAACAAAAACUAAUAAUUAAUAAGAAAAAAAAAUCAAAGCGAACGAGCUUGACCUUGAAUGUAAUCUUUACCUGAACAAGAAUUGAAAUUAUAGUAAACAGUACAAUAAUAUGUAAUAUAAUAAGCCUAACUUAACCUAACCUACCUAUAAAAAGUAUGAAAUAAAAAAUUAAACUAAAAAUUUAAAAACCCCCGACACAAAAACUUAAUUUCCCUUUAAAAAGUAAAAAAUAAUAAAAGAAACCUAAUCUUAAAGUACCUAAGAAUGUACUAAUAAUUCUAAAAAAAAAAAAUACGUCGCGUGGGGGAAUAAUUUUAUUCAAUAAGUAAAUAGUUAAUCAUCAUUAUGAAAUUAAUUACUUUACUUUUUGCAGAUUUCCAAACAGUUGAACAAAAUGAGCCAGAAGUUACAUGUGAGCAUAAAGUAGAAAAAUCAGUUCAAGCAUGUAUAACGCAGAAAUUCAGAAGUAAAGCUGUCCAGAUCAAUAUCAAAACAAAAGACCAGGCAUCAUCACCCUUGAAGCCAUCAAUAAUAUCUAGUUCCACAUCCCCGUUUAAAGCUGAGAUCAUCAAAAAAACAUAUCCUUCUGUCUCCAAUCUAAGCAAAGUUACAAGAACUGUAUUGAAUAAAGAAGAGCACUCUGAUAGUGAUAUAUCUUUAUAUACACCAUCUGUUGCCACCCACAGUUGUUCGUCAUCAGUGCAAUCAUUACAAGUUCAAUCAUCUUCUGACUGUAGUGAAUUAAUUGCAGAAGACAGAAGACUAGAAGUUGAUAAGACACUGUUGCACACAAUUGGAAAAAUUGAAAAGAAACCUCGAAUAUACAUUGGUGUUCCGAGCAGUUGUUACUACUUAAUUGACAUACUAAAAGCUGAAUUAAAUAUUCCUAAACAUCAUAUAUUGCUAUGUUUAAAUAAGAUACGUUUGGAUGUUAAAUUUAAUCAGCUCACAGAUGAUUAUGGAAUGACUCCAGCAGGUUUAAGCAAGAUAUUUUUAAAAAAUAUACCUCUGAUAGCUAGCUUUAUGCGUCCUUUUAUUGUGGAGCUUUUUUUUUUUUUUCAGGGGGAAAAUCAUCCAAUGACUUCUCUCGCCAGGGCAAAGCGAGAGGGAGUGUCAGACUCUUACUGA